AUGAAGCUCCUAUCCAUCGGGGCACUCGCAUGUCUAGCGGCUCAGGCUGCUGGAGCGGCUAUUAGCCAUAAACUGAAUGGCUUCACUCUGAUCGAGCAUCCGGAUCCAGCGAAACGGGAGUUGCUUCAGAACCAUGUGACUUGGGACAAGGACUCGCUCUUUGUCAAUGGUGAGAGGAUCAUGCUCUUCAGUGGUGAAGUUCAUCCCUUCCGUUUACCGGUCCUCUCGCUCUGGAUUGAUGUUUUCCAGAAGAUCAAGGCCUUGGGGUUCAACUGUGUAUCUUUCUACACUGAUUGGGCUUUGCUCGAGGGUAAGCCCGGCCACUAUAGCGCCGAGGGCAUUUUCGCACUGGAGCCGUUUUUCGACGCGGCUAAAGAUGCUGGAAUUUAUCUCUUAGCUCGACCCGGUCCCUAUGUUAAUGCCGAAGUAUCGGGUGGUGGGUUUCCGGGCUGGCUUCAGCGCGUGAAUGGGAAGCUGCGCUCCAGCGACAAAGCAUACCUCAAGUCCACCGAUAAUUACAUCACCCAUGUUGCUGCGACUGUUGCGAAAGCCCAAAUUACUAAUGGCGGGCCUAUUAUCCUCUACCAGCCCGAAAACGAAUAUACGAAUGGCUGCUGUGGCAUCGACUUCCCAGACGGAGACUACAUGCAGUAUGUCGAGGACCAAGCCCGCGAGGCUGGGAUCGUGGUGCCGUUGAUUAGCAAUGAUGCUUCUGCUAGCGGCACCAAUGCGCCAGGUACGGGCAAAGGGGAGGUGGAUAUCUACGGGCAUGAUGGUUAUCCUCUUGGUUUCGACUGUGCAAACCCAACUGUGUGGCCAGAGGGCAAACUGCCGACUAAUUGGCACUCCAAGCACAUGAAGCAGAGUCCAUCUACGCCGUACUCUCUGGUUGAGUUCCAAGCCGGUGCUUUCGAUCCGUGGGGAGGGCCUGGCUUUGCGGCCUGUGCUGCUCUUGUGAACCACGAGUUUGAGCGGGUAUUUUACAAGAAUGAUAUCAGCUUUGGGGUCGCUUUUCUGAACCUGUACAUGGCCUUUGGCGGUACCAACUGGGGCAACUUGGGCCAUCCCGGUGGAUACACAUCCUACGACUAUGGCUCGCCAAUUACCGAGUCGCGCAAUAUUACUCGUGAAAAGUACAGCGAGCUCAAACUGAUUGCAAACUUCGCCAAAGUGUCACCCUCAUAUCUAGUGACCACGCCGGGAAACUUGACUACGUCGGAGUAUACGAACUUGGCUGACCUGGCCGUGACGCCUCUGCUUGGGCGAAACAGCUCGGCGUCCUCGUUUUUCGUGGUCCGGCACAAUGACUACUCCAGCCAAAAGUCCGUCGACUAUAAGCUCAAGAUACCUACCAGCACUGGUCGUCUGACGAUCCCACAGCUGGGAGGAAGCCUCACGCUUAAUGGCCGCGACUCUAAGAUUCAUGUCGUGGACUAUGAUAUCGCGGGUACUCAUCUUCUCUACUCCACGGCCGAGGUCUUCACAUGGAAGAAGCUGGGUGACUAUAAGGUGCUCAUUCUAUACGGCGGCGAGGGCGAGCAUCACGAACUGGCUGUCUCUAUAAAGGGAAAGAUGUCUGUUUUGGAAGGGUCGUCGUCUGGGAUCUCAUCCAAACAGGUGGGUAAAGCAGUUGUUGUUGGUUGGGAUGUCUCCCCCACUCGUCGCAUCGUCAGGGUGGGCGACCUGAGGAUUUUCUUGCUCGACCGGAACUCCGCCCACAAAUAUUGGGUGCCCGAGGUCCCUAGUAAAGGCAAGGUACCUGGUCUUGGUUCCCAGAAGAAUACUGCCUCGUCCAUCAUCGUCAAGGCCGGAUAUCUCGUGCGUACUGCAUAUCUGCAGGGCAGUGACCUCCACCUCACAGCCGACUUCAACGUCACCACACCGGUCGAGGUGAUUGGGGCUCCAGCCAAAGCGAAGAAGCUCGUCAUCAACGACAAAAGGGCCUCGGUCAAGGUCGACAAGAAUGGGAUUUGGUCCAGUAGUGUCGAGUACAAGGCGCCAAAGAUUGACCUCCCAUCCCUGAAGGACUUGGACUGGAAGUACAUUGAUACUCUGCCCGAGAUCCAAGACUCGUACGACGACUCUGUCUGGGAUGCUGCGGACCACACCCACACCGACAACAGUGCAAACCCGCUUAAGACGCCGACAUCGCUCUACUCGUCCGACUACGGCUUCCACAGUGGAACGCUCAUCUAUCGGGGCCACUUUGUAGCCACGGGCAACGAGAAGACGUUCUUCGUGCACACACAGGGCGGAUCGGCAUUUGGCAGUUCCGUCUGGCUAAACAAAAACUUCGUCGGUUCAUGGACGGGAAUUGACAAGGACAUGGACUCCAACGCCACAUACAAGCUCCCGAGACUGCAAUCGGGCAAGCCGUACGUGCUGACGGUGGUGAUGGACAACAUGGGGCUGGACGAGAACUGGACCCCCGGUGCCGAGGAGAUGAAGCAUCCACGCGGGAUCCUCGACUACCGUCUAUCAGGUCGGUCAGCACGCGAUAUCACCUGGAAACUCACCGGCAAUCUGGGCGGCGAGGACUACCGCGACUCCGUCCGCGGUCCGUUGAACGAAGGCGGGCUGUACGCCGAGCGUCAGGGCUUCCACCAGCCACAGCCACCAGCUGGACACUGGAAGGCCGCCAGCCCAUUCCGUGGCUUGUCAGCGCCCGGGAUCGGGUUCUACAGUGCACGUCUGGACCUGGAUCUACCCCGUGGCUGGGACGUUCCACUGUACUUCAAUUUCGGGAACUCUUCUGUGCCGCCGGCCGCGUACCGCGUCCAGAUCUAUGUGAAUGGCUACCAGUACGGGAAGUAUGUCAAUAAUGUUGGUCCGCAGACUAGCUUCCCUGUGCCAGAGGGUAUUUUGAAUUAUCGUGGCUCCAAUUGGAUUGCUUUGAGCUUGUGGGCGCAGGAUGCGCAUGGGGCUAAGUUGGAGAAGCUGGAGUUGGUGCAUACUACGCCUGUGCUGACGGCUUUGGGCGAGGUCGAGCCGGCUGAGCAGCCGAAAUAUGAAAAGAGGAAAGGCGCGUACUGA